UACCGGCGUAAAAAUCGUGAGAAGAAAAGGAGAAAAGUUUCUCGUGUUUGACAGAAUUUUACGCUGAAAAUGAGAGACGUAAAGGUAUUCCUUGGCAAUAAACAGAGUGAAGGAGGUCCACUGGCAUCGGAAUGGGCAGCACUGGAAGAAUUAUACGACAAGAGAUUAUGGCAUCAGCUCACACUGGCCUUGGUCGAGUUUGUGAAAAAUGAUUAUUUUGUCAAAAAUAAGGGACUUUUAGAUAUGCAUGAAAACUUCUUGGCAGAUUUUGAACACAGGAUAAAUCCAUUGACAUUGAUGGAAAUUAGUUUAUAUAUCGUGAAAGAAUAUUCAGAUCCUGACAAAGCUGUUGAGUUUUUGGAAAAGCAGAGAGAAAAGGUGAAGAAUGUAUUGGAGGCAGACAUUCUAUGCCUUACUUCUAUUGGAAACAUCAGGCUGGAAGAGAAAAAGAUGAAUGAAACCAAGACUGUUAUUGCACAAGCCAGAGAAAUGCUGGACACUAUUGAUGGAGUCACCACAGUUCACGACAGAUUCUAUAAGCUGUGCAGCAACUUCCACAAGAUUUCAGGAAACUACAAUGAAUAUUACAGAGAUGCCUUACGUUAUCUAGGAUGUGUGGAUCUCAGUCAAUUAUCAGAUACAGAAAAGGUAGAAAGAGCAUUACACUUGUCCCUAGCAGCUUUACUUGGGAGUAACGUUUACAACUUUGGAGAGCUUCUUGCCCACCAAGUCUUGAAAGCCAUCCAAGGAACUGAACACAAUUGGAUUGUAGAACUUUUGUACGCCUUCAAUAGUGGUAACUUAUCAAAGUUUGAAAGCCUACGACCGCAAUGGGAAAAGCAGCCUGACAUGGUAAAAAAUCAAUUGGCUCUUCAACAGAAAAUCCGUCUUCUC